AAAACCUAAACACUCUCUCUCUUAACUAGCUAUUUCGGAUAAAUAUGUUUGCUCUUUACGUAAUUUCUCUAAUUUUUUACCAAAGAAAUUGUCCAAAGGAGGUACACGUGGCACCUUCAGGAAAAAAAAGAGUAGGAUUUUGAUUUGAAUUUUUCAUAUUUCUUUUACCUUCCCCAAAUCCAUUAUUCCUUCCCUUCACAGUCUGUAGAAAAGAUUUUAAGUAGGAAUUGUCACCCUUUCCGCUUCUAAUUUGGCAAAUUGGAUAAAGGUUAGUGAUUGCCUUGUUUGUGCCGUAGUCGUAGUCUCUCCAGCGGCAGUACAGACGGCCAACUGACACCACUCUCUCCAGCGAAAUCGAGGUGAAGAAAAAUUCUCUAAUCAAUGCCCAAACGAAGAGGAAGAGCUUGCAAACAGAGUAAAAAAAUCUCGGAGAAUGCUAAUCAGGAGAAGCAUCAAGUGGAAAAGGAAGAUGAUAUUUUAUCCAAGGAGGAAGUUGAAUGUCAAAGUGCUGCAGUGAGGGCCAUUUAUAAUUUGGAGAUCAAAGACAUACCAUCUCUCAUGCGCUUGCUUCGGUCGAAAUUCAAUGACGAACAGCUGCAUAUUCCGGUAGUGCAAUAUUUUAGGGAAAACCUUCCAAACCUGGCUGUUGUUAGGAACGAGGAUGACACUCAUGAAGUGAAAAGAAAAGAGGCUGAUGGUAAUUUAAGCACGGACCAAUUUAAUGGAAGAAAUCUACAUGUUUCUCUUCUACGACAGCUGUCCAUGGCUUACCCUGAUUGCUCCAAUGCAAUACCAUCAUUUGGUGAAUUUGAAUCUUCAAGCAAAUCUGUGAAAACAACUCUAUUUGGUGCUGAAAACAUGCAAAUCAAGCAAUUCGUUUUAGAGGACCCAUCUGACACUCAGAUGUUUGAGCUGCAGGAUACUCUACAGACUCCUGAUGUGAAUAACAACCCGUUAUCUGUUGGGAUGACACCCAAAACUCUAAGGUUUCCUAAGACUGGAGAAGUGCUUCUAUCGGUGCAUGGCUCUCCUCUUGGCGUUUUCAAGGAGGACGACACGGAACCAAUACAUGAGUCAGAAGAUGCAUGAAUGACCUGCAGGCAGGAAUUUAUUAGAUUGGGGUAGAAGAUAUAGUUCCUCAUUGUAAUAUUUUGCAACUCAUUUGAAGGUACAUUGACCUUUUCUCUUAGUUUAACUUGGAGGAGUGUUGUAGAAAGCCAUUUGCAUAUUGAUUUCUUGGCCUCUGAUCUUUAUCUUUUCCGUUUUAAAUUUUAGUCAAAUAAAUUUUUUACUCCUUUUCCA